AUGAACCGCACAAGCGACCUACAUCGAUCGACGUCAGAUACUCUCAAACGAGACAUGGAACGCUCAAUAUCGUCCCCUGCAACGAAUUCUGCGCGUCAGUUGAGCUUCAGUACCUUUUUAAUAGACGAUUUGGCGUCCCCCGUGCAGCUCCAGAAGGUCGCAAAGCGACCCCCACCACCGCCACCUCUGCCGUCUUUGAGAGCUCAAGGAGCAUCACGAGUUGACCAAAUGUCGUUGCGACGUCAAAACCUACCACGUGCCAUCUCAUCGAGACGACGAGGAGGCUCUGAUGGAGAUAUUCCUGUAUUGGAAGCGGCUCGAGAUAGCAGUGGCUUUCGUCUGGAUGUGGCAGACCAGGAAGAAGUGGAAAUGAAGAGUGACGGAGAGGACGGGAUAGACGCCAGAGUCGUGGUAGGCGAGUUCGACGCCGAAGAGGACGACUUUGUGCCCGUGCUGCAGACAGCAGAGGACGCAUUAAAGGCCCAUCGACACAUGAACAAUAAGAAAUUUUCAUGGAGAGUAUCAGCAAGACGAGGUGUGCCUAUUGGCAAGACAGUCCGAGUGCCCGACCAGGAGACCCUUUUGAGAAUGUCGACGAACAGUACAGAGUUAUCGUCGAGUUAUUUGAGCAACAGCCAGAAAUCGAGGAAGAGUUUUGCUUCGUCUGUACGUAUUGACCGUGAAUUGGUGCGCAGUGGGUGGCUUUACAAACAGGCAAAUGUCAUGAAAACAUGGAAGCGACGGUAUUUUGUGCUGAUUAAACGAACAAAUAUUGCCACAGGUGAGUACUGGGCAUCAUUGCAGUACUACAAAGGAAACAAUUUUGGCAAGCUGCGGGGAGAAAUGCAUUUACAGGAUGGCAUGCUGUCAGUACGCUUUUUGGAACCGGACGAGACCAAGAGGCCAUUCUGUUUUGAAGUAGCCGGCGAAGAUUUUUCGUUUGUGUGUUCUGGAUCUAAUGACGACGAUGCAAGCGCGUGGGUGUGUCUACUGCAGAGCUUAUCAGGAGGAGGUAGCAGCACAAUUCCACCGUCGGCCGGUCUUAUUGGCACAGCGGCUACCAACAGUCUGUUACAAUCGGGAGAUACGUCAAAGGGAAAUCGAGUUCGUACUAGCACCGUUGACGCUCGAAGCAUUCGCAUUGUGGCGGAAUUACGGAAAGUGCUUCACACAAGCAAGUCCCCUGAAGCCGCCAAGUAUAAGAGCUUUAUCAGCUCGUACGAGUCUCAAAGCACAGAAGCGCUUCGUCAGUUUCGAGAGUUCCAUGCAACGCUGACAGAUUCCAUCGUGACGGACCACGGCGCUCGUAUUUUGGCAGCACUUAAGGAUCCAGGCAACGAUGGUAUGAGUAGUGAUAAAUAUGCAGACACGAAACAAGCCUUGCAGCCGAUAUCGCUUGACGUAGUGCGUUCGGCUGUUUCUCGUCAUGUGGAAGAAGUGCUCUUCGUGCCGCUUCAGGACAAAAUUAACUCGAGUCUACGUCGUCUGUACCACGAGGAAGAAUCCUCGAUUAACCGCAAAGUUAGAUGGUUACAAGGAAAAGACCAAGUUUACUUUAACAUCCCGCUGCAUCAGGUCUCGUGGAAGGAAUGGAGGAAAGCAUCAAGAAUUCUUGCACAAAUUGCUCAUGUACCUCUUCCCGCAGCAAAAUACGAUGUACUUACGAAUACGAUCAAACAGAUUCAGGCGACUUAUGCGGACGAGCACUACGCGGCGACUGAAUUGGAGGCUCUCGAGACCGAUGACAUCAUACCGAUUUUCACUUACGUGCUGUCAAACAGCGGACUGGAGAACCUAAUCUCACUCAAAACCCUGUUGACUGAACUGAACGGGUCUUGGGCCGUCGGCAGAUCCCAUGAUGACGAAACAUCACUUAAUAUUCUGACAGACGCAGUCGACUUCAUCAGCAACGUCAACAUUCCCGCCGUAUUGGAAGACAUUUUCAAGGACCAAAUUACGCUCUCAAUUGAUGGUGACUGGCGACGUGUACUGGAGUUUGAAGUCGAACCCACAUACCGCUACGGUGCAAUUGUAGAGCAUAUUUCACCUCACGGCUACUCAGCUGUUGGAACCAUCAUCACUCGAGGUUACGUAUUAGUGACAGUGAAUGGCCAAAAUGUGGUACUAUGGCCAUUCCAAGACAUAAUGACCUUGCUUCUUGAGUCGUCGUCACCCCAUCGAUUAGCCUUCAUCCCUGAAAGCAGUUAUUUCAAAAUUUUGACAUCGAACAAAGCGCUGUGGAACGUGGCGUUGAUGCACGCAUGCCAGCGCGGUGAUGUGUUCAGUGUACAAAUGCUGCUGGCAAACGGUGCUGACGUGAAUUAUGUUGCUCAUGAGUGUGGAAGUAACUCGCCACUGCAUGUCGCAGUAAGUGCUUUACACUUUAACAUCGUUUCAUACAUGCUUCAGCACGGCGCAAAGGUAAAGACUAUCGGGGAGUGUGGUCGCAGUGCACUGCACAUGGUUGGGUCUCCCUGCAUGAUGCCUACAACAAUGAGCAUGACGAAAGCAACAAAUGGAACAUCGGCUACCUUGAGCGACUCAGAUAAGGCCGUUUUGAUUAUCAAGAAACUACUAACGCAUGGAGCGCAUGUCCAUACUGUGGACAUCUAUGGCAAUACCCCAAUCAUGUUGUUGGCAGAAAGAGGCUAUCUUGGUGGAAUCGAUGUGAUAAUGGAAGUCGAUAGCAAUAUUGACUUGAAUGUGCGGAACUGGCAGUGUGGCAUGAGCGCUCUCGCCUUUGCAGCAAAGAGCGGCCGUACAAAUGUAGUGGAGGGGCUACUAGAUUAUGGCGCUCAAGCCAAUAUUCGCACGCUACACGGUGAGACCCCACUACAUUUUGCGGCAGCUAGUGCAAGCCAGCGUGCGUGCCAGUUGCUUAUAGAAAAGGGCUGUGGUGUUGAUGUGCGUACAAGUGAAGGGUUGACACCAUUGAUGAUCGCAGUUGCGAAAGAUCACGGGAUGGUCAAGGAGAAAGACGCUUCUUUGUCUGUACCAUCGACAACGGAUCAUCACGGCAACUGCAACAAAAAUGACAACCACUGUCAGAAGACAACGGUUGGUCUGCUGAGCAGCAUUAAUGUGGACAAGUCCUCAGUCAUUUCUACAAUAAAUUAUCUCGUGCAGAGUGGUGCAGAAAUGUCUGCAGUUUGCGAUUUGUAUCGUACACCUUUGCAUUAUGCAGCUCUAUAUGGAUGUGACGGGUUAUACGCGUAUCUCGUAUCAAAAAUGGCGGACGACGCAAAUGUGGCAAGACGUGACUUAUAUGGACAGUCCGCAGCGGUUAUAGCGGAAGCUAGUCGCUCCUCGCACGCGCUUGCGAGUGAAGACGCGUCUACUGACAAUAGUUCCGCCAUGGUCCAUGGGGAUUACAGUGAGAUGGGCGAGAACGAUGAUGACUCUGAUGAUGAAGACAUUGAUGACUUGGAACAGGCUGACAUUCCUAUGUCACUUUCAGGAUGCAAAGGUCUUUCCGGAAAGUGUUUGAGCAUCAAGGAUCUUGUGACGGAAGAGAUUAAUGGAGCCGAGGAAAUUAUUGCAGGGACUUUUGACGCUAUUGCCGACCUUUUGUUGCGCUAUGAGAACUACCGUCUGGAGGAGUUAAGUGCACUCAUUUGGUCAUGCGGGUAUGCUUGUAAUGGAGGAGGGGAUACCUUCCGUGACACGGUAGAUAUUUUGCGACACAUUUGGAAACGGCAUUCGAUCGGAACGGAAGCUGGGUUCUACGCGCGGCGUGUGUUGCUGAGUGCAUUAAAUAAGUUGGUGGAGAUUCUGAAGCACAGUGUGGAAUGUGAUAUGAUUGUGUGCAAUUACGCUGCUGAAUUGUAUACGGAACUGGUCCCUUUACCGAAUGAGCUGGCCAAGGAGGACCCACAGUGUGCGCAAUGGCUAAGUGCGUCGCUGUUGCCUGAGUUCGUAGAUGCUUGUCAGUCAAACCGCGUGCAGGAAUUUCAGGUGCUGUCUUUUUGCGAGGGUGAUUAUACGUCGCUGAAGCAUUUCAUCUGCACAGCGAAGCAAGCAAAUCCAAACCUUGAAUUUUUGGAUGACGAUCUAUUCGGCGUUGCGACGGGUAUGGAGAUUAUUACGGAAGCGAUGCGACGCCGAUUGUCUCUCGCUGGUGUGUGGAAGAAGAGAGAAGGAAACAAGUCAUUUGUGGUUAAGCCAGAGGAGAUUCUUGAUUCCGUAUCGGAAGCACGGUCGACUACAAUUACGCCCUGGCAGCCCAGAGGUGUGAAUGUGGGCCGUCCAUAUACGGUAGAGCAGCGGAUGACGAGAUUAUGGAUCUUGGAUUUGGAUCCCUGCAUCAUCGCACAGCAGAUCACUCUGAUGCAGCACUAUUUUUUUAGCAAGAUUAAAGUGUCUGAAGUGUUGGCGUCCAAACGCAACGCGGAGAAAACACCAGGGUAUCAGCGACUACGGCUGCUGCAUAAUCACAUUUCCACUUGGGUAGUUGGCCAAAUUCUGAUACGAAGCGAUGUGGACCAACGUGCAGAAAUUCUGGCCUAUUUCAUUCGUGUUGCUGGCGUUCUGCUCUCUCCCCUGCAAAAUCUUGAUGGAUUUAUGGCCGUUAUGAACGCAUCGAAUGAUUCUUCAAUCUUCCGGCUCAAGAAAACAUGGGGCCGACUUCAACCGCAAGCACGCGACUUGUGGCAAAAGCUGGUGCCGCUAACGGAGAAGGGUGCUCGGCCACUUAACAAGUUCACGAAGGAAGCGACUCCACCGCUGAUCCCGUAUAUGGGUGUUGUCAUUCAAAACGUGAUCGCUCUGCAGGAGUACCCAGAUCGUGUGGAGGGCGACUUGAUCAACUUUAAAAAGAUACGCUCCAUUAGCUCUCUCAUUCAACGAGUACUUUCUUUCCAGAAGACACCGUACUUGUUACCGACGAACAAGCGUGUUUUGGAACACAUUUGCUCACCAGUUCCUUUCGUUGAUAGCGACUCCUGUUUUGCGCGCUCUCUGACGAUUGAGCCCCGUGUCGUCGAUGCCGCAUCCGAUACUAAGUGA